UUUUUUUUAUAUAUCAAAUAUUCCCUGUGAAUCCAUCGGGCAUUGAACGAUCGUCUCAGCAAUAGCAUGGCCGGCCCUCCUCCACAACACGGAACACAUUUCCUCGAUCAGGCACGGGCAUCGGUGGAACCGCAUUCAACGCAAUGGCAGAACGCGACCCCACUAGCCCAUCAGCCUUCGCAAUCCGAUCUGGACCAGAUCAUGACAGCCUACUUUCAACGUAAAGGUUAUCGACGGCCCGAUACAACGUCGCACACUGCGCGAGGUCACGUCGUCAGCCUGGAGCAAAUUCGGCAAGAGUUGCACCCUACCGAAAAUGUACCGGGUUAUGUGCGCUUCAUGGCCACCGCCGAACAAGGCAAUCCAGACGCCUACGCCAACAGCUACCGAAGCUUACGGGAAUGGGUCGAGAAUGCUCUGGACAUUUACAAGCCCGAACUCGCUUUCGUGUUGUUUCCAAUGUUUGUCUACUCGUACCUCGAUUUGAUCAUGAAUAACAUGAGUGAACAAGCACAUUAUUUUAUGGAGACAUUCAAGCAAGAUCACAUGGCCACCCAUUCUUCCGAUAUCACCACUUUCGCCUCCCUCAUCGAUCCUCAACAUGUUCAGGACAAUGCCAUUGCUCAACUUUACCUGAACAAUAAAUACCACCUACAAUUGUCCGCAGUACCAUUGGAAUUACUUGUCAAUUAUCUCCAAGACAACAAGUUUAGGCUCUUACUCCGCAUCUAUAAUCAACAUUUAAACAUACAAGUCACACAGGAUAAACUCAAAUCCGCGGGCGGAUUGGAGGUACGCGGUCCUGUCGGCAUCCUCGGUCACACACCACAGCCUCGAUCAACUUUACAUCCCCAAGACGAUACCGGAGCAGCGACCGAUCACGAAUUGCAGGAUCGUGAGGAUGGACAACGCAUAGACAAGAGCAGUAGCAUGUAUGAAGAUACCGUGAUGAUGGAUAGUCUGAAAGAGGUGAAGCAGGAAUACACGGCGGACAGUCCAUCACUUCCGGAUGUACCCAUUCCGCACCAGGGUGGUAUGGAUGUGGAAGCGGAAAUAGCCACCUUGAAGGAACUCGGCAAGAAAGUUAGACUCACCAGCGCGGCGUUACCCAGCGUUUGCGCUUAUACCUUUUACAACACUCAUGAUAAUUUACAUUGUCUUUCCAUGACGCAAGAUGCGAGUUUAAUUGCGGGAGGGUUUUCAGAAUCGUUUAUUAAAAUCUGGAGCCUAAAGGGAGAAAAAUUGAGAUCAAGGUCACGGAAUCACCAUCCGUCUGACGCGGUAUCUAGAGGUAAAACAUGCACGCGCAUCUUAGGAAUCAAACGCAUCUUUACAAACAAACUUACAUGGAUUACAGACAUUGAGGAAAACGGUGAAGCCAGUUCAUCCAAACGAUUAAUUGCCCAUGCAGGGCCAGUGUAUGGGGUCAGUUUUAGUUACGAUAACGAAUAUCUCAUCUCUUGUUCCGAAGAUAAAACAGUCCGAUUAUGGAGUACAGAAACAUUCGACAACUUGGUGUGUUACAAGGGCCAUAAUUAUCCUGUGUGGGAUGUUGAUUUUGGCCCUCUGGGUUUCUACUUUGCCACGGCGUCGCAUGAUCGAACAGCUCGGUUGUGGACAUGUGAUCGCGUCCAUCCAUUACGCAUAUUUGCCGGUCAUCUUUCCGAUGUCGAUACUGUCAAAUUUCAUCCCAAUUCGAAAUAUAUUGUGACGGGAUCUGCAGAUCGAACCGCACGAUUGUGGGAUGUUCAGCGAGGGACAUGUGUGCGCGUAUUCACUGGACAUCAAGGAUCCAUUAAAACCGUAGCCAUCUCUCCCAAUGGACGUUUAAUGGCUUCUGCUGGCGAGGAUCGAUCAAUUAUUUUAUGGGAUCUUGGCUCGGGACGAAAGUUAAAGACGAUGACGGGACAUACCGACUUUAUUUAUUCGGUCGACUUUAGCUCGGAUAGCAAUGUGCUUGUUUCCGGGGGAGCGGAUGGCACCGUGCGGGUAUGGGACGUUAACAAGGAUGUGUCAAGCCUCAGCAAUGCAGAGAGUUCAAAGACAGAUGCCAAGCGAAUACGAGUGGAUGAUAAAGAGACGGAUUCAAGUAAGAAAAAGGACGCCAAAUCAAAAUCCAAAAUAGAAGAAAAGCGGGAAACUGGCACCAUAGAAAGUUCGGAUCAUAUGGCUGUCUUACCCACCAAGCACACCCCGAUUUAUAAAGUGCAAUUCACUGAACGAAAUUUAUGCAUGGCAGCAGGCGCAUUUACGCUGAGCUAGAAAUAAAGAAUCAAGCCAUGAUUUAUUUCCCCCAAAAAC